AUUUAUAUAUGUUAUUUAUUAAGGGCAUAAACGAUAUUAACCUGUCUAAAUUUUAACGUGAGAGCUCGAAUGUAAAAAUCACUUCACAAUUCUUUAUACACUAUAUUCAUUAUUAAUAAAUAAAUCUUAAAAAUCACUCAAUAUUCUUUUUUAAAUUAUAUAAAAUUAAGAAUUUUACUUGAUUAACAUUUAGUUGUUUUUUUAACUUUUUAUUACAAGAUAUAUUUUGGAUAACAACACAAUAUUUAUAGGAAUUGUUUUUUUUUUAUAAUAUAUUUUAAGAUUUGGAUACUUUUACUAUUAAUAAUUUUAAACACUUAUCUGAUAAAAUAAAUUUGAAAUUCGUUUUUAUUUUUGAUUAAUUUAUUAAUUUAUAUAUUUUAUUCAUUAAAGACACACACAAUAUUAAUCAGUCUAACUUUUAACGUGAGUGUCCGAAUGCGAAAAAUCACUUCGCAAAUAAUAGUAUAGAUUACUUGAUAUUUGACCAUGACAUGUUAAUUUGGUAUAAUAAAAUAAACCAGUCAUAAUUUUAAUUGGCUUGUUUUGAAUUGACUAAUUGUUUUGAUUAACUUUUCUUUUCUCACAUAGAUCUAUUUUUUUAUUUUAGGAUGUGAAUAUCAUUAUUGUACAUUACAAAGUCACUAUAAAUAUAUCUAUAUUCGAAUUGAUUUUUCGCAACGAAUCUCUGGCAUUAAAUUCUAUAGCAGUUAAUAUCAAUAUCAUCCUUAAUGAAUUUUUAUAUUUAAUUUACUAUAUAAAUAAAGCGAAAUUUAUAUUAACGAUAUCAUAUUUAUCUGUUAUAUAAGAUAACUGAUGAUAACUAAAUAUCAUAAAUUGUCAAAAAAACAUAUUUGGAAAAGUAAGAUAAUUCUUAUAUAUAUUGUGUUAUUAUCUAGAAAUAAUAUUUUAUAUUAUAAUUUUUUGAAAAAAUUUAAACGUUUUACAAUCAAAUACUAAUCAAGCAAAAUAUUUGUAUAAAGAUGUUUUCUAAAAUAUUUUUAAUUUUUAUAAGAACAUAAAUAGUAAUUUAUUAUGCUGAUUUUUUGAAUUAAUAAAAUAUAAACUAAUAAGUUGGAUAAAAAUUCUAUAAUUUAAAAACUGUGUUAGUCAAAAAAAAAUCUAGUAAUAAAAGUUUUCACUUAGCUAAAGAGUUAUGGAUUUAAUUGUUUUUGCGUUGACUGUUGACUAGAUGAAUACAGAAACAUACUUAUUUGCUUCAGAGUUAUUCUAACUCAUCAGUACCGGAAAUAACAUGGCAAAGCCUUCGCCGGUGAAGAUACCAACCACAACUCUAGAUGACUAUGCCCACAGUCCAUUCCAUUACGCCGUCGUUUUAGGAGACCACGCAGGUUUAACCUGUCUCGUCUCGUCCUUGCCUAAACUAACCGAGCCGGAACAAAUCCACACGGAGUCCGACUCGAUAAGCCAAGAGCGAGUCGCCGAGAUAAUCUCCGCCGUCAUCGACCGCCGCGACGUUCCGUUCCGAGAAACGCCUCUCCAUCUAGCGGUGCGCAUCGGCGACGUUUUCGCCGUGAAGACGAUAUCCUCCGCCGGCGCUGAUGCCGCGCUUCGGAACGUCGCCGGCGGGAACGCCUUGGACGAGGCGGUUUGCCGCGGGAACGCCGAGAUCACGGAGAUUAUUCUCCGGCAUCAGCGGCGUUCGGGUUGGUGCAAGUGGAGACGGAGGCUGCCGUGUCUGAUCGCGGUUCUUGGCCGCAUGAGAGACUUCUACAUGGAGAUAUCUAUCAGCUUCGAGAGCUUCGUGAUCCCGUUCUUCGGGAAGGUCGCUCCUUCCGAUACUUACAGGAUAUGGAAACAAGGCGGAGAUCUACGCGCUGAUAUGUCGUUAACCGGGUUCGACCGGUUUAAAAUUCGACGCGCGAACCAGAGCUUUCUUUUCUUAAGUGACGAUGACGUGUCUAGUAGUCCCGGUACGUUGCUUGUGUUGAACAGAGAAGAGAAAACGAUACUAAACGCGUUUGAAAACGCGGGUGAGACGGUUAGCGAGAGAGAGAUGGAUGUUACGAAAGCAGAGGUUGUUGUAAUGAAGAACUGGCGAGGGAAAGAGAAGGUUGAGACCGUUGGAGAGUGGAAAGCGAAACGUUACGAGAUCAAGAACGUGAGUUUCAGUUUAAAGUCGCCGAAAGUUGUCGUCGCCGCCGGAGAAAUAGAGCAGAACUCGCCUUCGUUAAUGAGGCAGCUCAGUUGUACUAACGUGGAGGAUAAAGAAUUUGAGCCGUCGUCGUCGUCUUCUCAGAGGAGGAGAAAGUCGGUUUCUUUACCGGUGGCGGCUUCUGUUCCAAGGAUCAAAGAGAAGGAGACUGUAAAGAGCUUGAGUCCUUCGGUUUGGUUAACGAAUGAUUUUCCUUUGACGACGGAGGAGCUGCUUCCGGUUCUUGAUAUUUUAGCCAUUAAUGUUGAAGCCGUUCGGAGAAUGACGGAGCUGCUCACCGUUAAGUUCCCGGCGGGAACUUUCCCGGUAAAGAUGUCGAUACCGGUGAUCCCAACGGUGAAGGUAGUCAUAACAUUCAGCAAGUUCGUGGCUCUCCAGUCGAUGGAUCAGUUCUACACACCAGUGUCAAGCCCGAGCCACAUCUCAGCUGGAGUCGAAGACCAAUGCGACGUGGAAUCCGAUACAAGAACCUCAACUUCAAGGCGAUCAUUUUCAACACCCUCUUGGCUGAGACUGAAGGCUACCAAGAAAAGCUUACAGCGACGGUUGAAGAAGGAGCAGGCACAAAUGGUGGAUCCAUUUGCAAUACCAGCAGGGUAUAAGUGGACGAGCAAGUCAGACUAAUCAGGUAAUCGAACUACUUGGGCUGUAUGUUUUAAUGGGCUAAUGUUAUAGAUGAUUAAUACUAUGUGUUUCAUUUUGUUGUUGUUGUAAACUCGUCAACCAUGAAGAAUGGAUCCAUUUUGUUGUUCUUGAUCACCUAACUCUCGUUGAUGAGUAGUGUUAAGUUGUUAUCUUCCAUGAUAAUAGUAAGUGGAGUUCCAAUUAUAAAUAUAUAUAGCCAAAGCAUAGAGUAAAAUAAUUGAUCUGAACGCAAACGUUACAUGGGUUUUUUUGGGGUCUAAAGCUCACAUUAAAAUUUACGUUAAUCUUUGCAUUUUCUUUGUAUGCC